AUGGCAGACACUAGCACUGCCCCAAACCAGGGGCAGAGCCAGGAGCUGACCCGCGAGCAGCGUGAGACGGUUAAGCAGUUGGCGGCAGAGGUGUAUGCGGGCAAUGGUGAGGGCAGCACUGAGGAGCAGAGGGAGCGCAAUAAGGCGGCAAAGAAGGGGGUCUUGUUGAAGGAGUUUGGAAACCUCCUGCUGGCCGGGGUACCGGAUGAGUGCCGUGAUUUCAUGCCAACGCUGACUGCGCGCAAGGAGGUCGAGCAGACGGUUGGCAAGUCGAAGGUGAAGAAGGUUGAGCUGGCCGGGCUGCCGUUGCGCCUGAAGUUUUGGACGGUGCAUAUGGCGGAUUCGUAUCCGGCCCUGGCUUUCGUGGCCAACCGCGUCCUCCGCAUGCACGCAACCACCUGCGCAUCAGAGCGCAACUGGUCGCUGUGGGGCAACCUGUUCCACAAGGCCCGCAACCGCCUGGGGCAGAUGCGUGCGAUGAAGCUCAUCUUCAUCCGCCAGAACGACAGCUACGCGGCCAAGCGCAACGCCCUGUCGGAUGAGGAGGUGGUGAUGCAGCUGCUGGCCGGGGAGGAGGAGGAGUGAAGUAGCUAGGGAUUCAAGUUGUUCGGUCGGCAUUGGUAGCAGUCUAUGUCUGCUGAACUUGGCCAGCAUGGGAUCUUGAUGGCAUACCAUGUCGGCUUUUGUGCAUUGCCAGGGCUUAGGAAUGAUGAUCUGGGCCCUGAUUCGUUGAAACUUUAACCCUUAGGAUAUGGAGUUUAAGAAGCAUCAAAGGGAUAAGCGCCUGUGGCGUGUACUCGACCGUCCAGUGCACCCUCGCAUGCUGUGACCCAUGGGUCAAUACUGCGGCGGAGUAUAAUUGCUUGUUUCUGUCGUGCAAUUGUGCUUCGCAA